GGCAAUGGCCAGGUCGAUGCUUGCGCGGCAGCUCAGGCCCCGCGCCCCCCGCCCGCAUCUGCGGCUGCGCGGCCGGCCCGGGAGGGGGCGCGGCGGGCAGCUGGGAGCGGGGCGGCCAGAGGCAUGUCUCGCUACACCAGACCCCCCAACACCUCCCUGUUCGUCAGGAACGUCGCUGACGCCACCAGGCCUGAGGAUUUACGCCGAGAAUUUGGUCGAUACGGCCCCAUAGUAGAUGUUUACAUUCCACUUGACUUCUACACUCGCCGCCCCAGAGGAUUCGCUUAUGUUCAGUUUGAAGAUGUUCGAGAUGCUGAAGAUGCACUUUAUAACCUCAAUAGGAAGUGGGUAUGUGGCCGGCAAAUUGAAAUACAGUUUGCACAAGGUGAUCGAAAAACACCAGGCCAGAUGAAGUCAAAAGAGCGGCACCUGCGCUCCCCAAGUGACCACAGGAGAUCCAGAAGCCCCAGCCAGAGGAGAUCUCGAAGUCGAAGUUCAUCAUGGGGAAGAGACAGGAGGCGGUCAGACAGCCUGAAAGAGUCUCGACACAGGAGAUCUUACAGUCAGUCCAAGUCUCGCUCCAAAUCACUACCAAGGCAGUCUACCUCAGCAAGGCAGUCAAGAACACCAAGAAGGAAUUCUGGAUCUAGGGGACGGUCAAGAUCCAAGUCCUUACCAAAAAGGCCCAAGACAAUGGAAAAAUCACAUUCACGCUCACCUCAAAAGCAGAUUGGCUCAGGAGCAAAAUCAAGAUCACAUGGACGACACUGUGACACAAUAGCAAGAUCCCCAUGCAAGUCUCCCAGAGGGUACACCAGCUCCGGAACCAAGACACAGACAGCAAAGCAUUCUCAUUUUCGGUCACAUUCCAGAUCUCGGAGCUAUCAUCAUAAAAACAGUUGGUGAACAGCAACUUCCAGAGGAGCCACAGCUCUGCUCCAAGUUACUAGACCUCGUUGUGAUUAAAGUUCUUCAAGGCUUAUAGACAUGUGACUGGUGUUAGUUGCUUCAGGCAUGUGGAAGGAAUAAAAUUGCCCUAACUUUGAUUAAUAAACAAUUGAUCUUGAUUUAAGGGCUUAUCCACAAAUGAUUGUGUGUACAGUGUCUCCCUUGUAUAGGCUGUAUUUUCUUCACAUUGUAGCAAGGGGUUACUUCCCAAAGGAAACAGGAAAAAUGGAACCAAUACAGAAAUUCUACUUAGAUGUUAAAUGUUAUCAAUAAUACCUUUACAAAAAUAUUUUUUACUUUAAAGCAUUUUUCACAUAAAAAGUAACUGUGACUAUAUGUAAGUGCAUAGGCCAGACUUAAACUGUUUGACAUUUAUGUCUUUCUUGUGACUUCUCUUGAAGUUUGGCCAAUUCUUGGUGGAUAUUAGUUCAAAUUACAGCAAUCCAAAAUCUCAAAAGAUAAAAUUUAUAUAGAGAUUCUGUAACUGUUCAAAAGACAACUCAAAGAACAUUUCAUUGUUUUUUUUU